GUUUGGUACUUUGCCUGAAUUUAUUUUAUCCCUAUUUCCCAGUGCAUCCUCCUGAUACUUGUUCCCAGGACAUCAGAGAAGAGCGUACUCCUGGAGUACCUACCAGUGAUACCUAUGAUCAUGGUCAAGAUGCUGCAGAGAGAGAGGAAUAUGAGAAGGCGGUUAAUAACACAACAGUUGUCAUCAACCAAAAUGAAGAAACUGAAAAUAAUAACUUAGUCAGUGUUCUAGAAAGGUCUAGAGAAUCGGGGGUAUCAUCUGACCUCUAUGUAGAGAAUCAAGAAGUUUGUAAUGAGGAAAGGCAUGACUUGAGUUAUCGUCUUCAAGGUGCUCAUGCAGACAGACCAAAAGAGGGGAAGACAGUGAUGGAUGAUGAGGACAUUAAAGGAAAUGCAGAAGCUAAAGUCAACGCAGUAAAGAGUAAAAGUCAACUUGAAGAGAGGGUUGCUGGUCAGGAUUAUAACCUCAAACCUGUUAGUUUGGUCAAACAGGGAGAUAAUGACAAGAUGGAAAUAAAUGUAAUGGUCGACAGGGAAAGACAAACUGGAGCUGAUGAAACCGGGAUGGUAUCAGGAAGCGCAAGGCUCAUGACAAAAUAUGACCUCUGCUAUGGUGAUAGUAAAGAGAACAUGGCUCACAAUGAUCACAUGCUUAUUGAUCAUAAAGAUGCAGAAAGGAAAGGAACAUCAGAGAGAAUACAACACUUUUGUCAGGAUGUAGUGGAUCAAAACAAUGAUGGUAGACGGAACAGAUCAGAGUGUGUUAAACAUACAACACCAAAUGAUGUUGGUGCAGCGGAACAGCAGGAAAAGAAAAGAGAUAAUGGAGAGGACUCUUCUCUUAGAAAACCAGAACUGGUAGCAAGCAGCAGACAGGGGGAUGCUCAACCAAAAGCUAGAACUGGUUAUAAUGAAGGAGCAAUUCAAGCUAGAUGUGGUUCAAAGAAAUCAAAAACAUAUGAGUUGAAGAUAAUUGAGGAAGAAGUUAAGGAUGGUGUACAAAGCGUUACGAUUAAGAACAGGAGAAUAAAAACUUUAGCUGGGACUUCACAAGAUGGCAUGAAGAGUUGUGCAGAAUAUAAUGACGGAAAUGCCAGAAGCAAAUCUGAUACAAAAACAGAUGCAAAUGUCACGUUGUCAGAAGGUGUUCACAUUUUAGAACUAAAUGACUCACCUGCACUAAAGCCACUGACACGCAGAAAAAAAGGACUGUCUGAUGCAGAAGUUCAAGCUGGAAUAAAACAUGCAACAAAAAAAAGAGGUGAGAAGAAAAGACAAUCUCGUCUUCGCAGUUCUCUUUUCAAGCUAAUCAGAAAGGAAAAAAAGAAACGCCCCAAAACUACUGGAUGUUUUUGUAUUUUUGGUAAAAAACAGAAAAAUGGAGACCAGAGUUCAGAGUCAGAUUAAGACAAAAUACAAACUUUGUCCAGGAUAACACAAAGUGUUAUUUUAGAAGACUGCCUGUUUGAUUGUUUGAUGAUUGUGGUGAUCAACAAGUAACAAGUUGGUUAUUGAAGUCAAUGAAAAAUAGGAUCAUAUUUAUGUUGCGUUAAUUUGAAAUCACUUCACAGACUGAAUGAUCAGACAUUUCUUUGUCUAUUGUUGCUCUUUUCACGUUGUAUAAAUUUACAAUUUAUAUAGUUGAAGAAAUGUAUUGACCUAUUGCAUUUACCCUUAUUUAUUUUUGUUAAAUUGUUCAGAAAUAUGUAAAUAGAUUGCACUGAAUGUAUAAUAUCUAAAUGAUUUUAGACAAGAUACUAUGGGAGGAAAUAAAAUUCAAAUGUAAAUCUUUGUUUGACUUUAUGUCUUGUUGUGUUCUACUAUUAAGUAGCUUAUAUUAUUUUAGUAAUUAGGCCUAUUGUACAUUACACUAACAAACUGUUGCUGCAGUGCCCGCGUACUACUGUCAUGGAUGCUUUAAAGUUUAUGUGUUUUACUUUGAAUCAAACAAUUGUGGUCAUUUGUUUCAGUCCUAUGACA